AUGAUCUUCGCCACCCGUCAACUUCAGGAGAUGUGUCAGGAGAUGCGGACCCAUCUGUACGCUACCCUCGUGGACCUGACGAAAUCCUUCGACACGGUGAGUCGUGAAGGAUUGUGGAAGAUCAUGCAGAAAUUCGGCUGUCCGGAGCGAUUCACUCAGAUGAUGCGUCAGCUGUACGACGGUAUGAUGGUGCAAGUCACGGACAACGGGGCUGUCUCAGGUGCAUUCGCAAUGACCAACGGAGUGAAGCAGGGAUACGUGCUGGCACCAACCCUCUUCAGUCUUAUGUUCUCUGCCAUGCUGAUGGACGCCUACCGCGACGAACGCCCUGGAAUCCGCAUCGCCUACAGAACGGACGGUCAUCUGCUGAAUCAACGGCGGAUGCAAUUCCAAUCGCGUGCAUCCACAACCACCGUCCACGAACUUCUCUUCGCCGACGACUGA